AUGUCUUCCAACAAUGACCUGGUUUUAACCCACAUGUCCCAAAGAAACUCUGAUGACCAACCUGGGACGACCACAAGUGACCAGAAAGGGCCUGUGUUAAAUUUUCACAACAUCUGUUAUUAUGUAAAAGAGAAGAGAGGCUUUCUGUUUAAUCAGAAAACAACUGAGAAACAGAAACUAUCAGAUCUCAAUGGAGUCAUGAAACCUGGCCUUAAUGCCAUCAUGGGACCCUCAAGUGGAAGCAAAUCUUUGUUGCUAGAUGUCUUAGCUGCAAGGAAAGAUCCAAGGGGUUUAUCUGGAGAUGUCUGGGUACAUGGAGUACCUGAGGAGGAAUUCCAAUGUAACUCAGGAUAUGUGUUACAGGAUGACGUCAUGUUGGCCACCUUGACAGUGGUAGAAAACUUGUGGUUCUCAGCUUCUCUUCAGCUUCCAACAACUAUGACUAUCCUGCAUAAAAAAAUAAGGAUCUACAAGGUCAUUACAGAGUUAAAUCUGAGUGAAGUGGCAUAUUCCAAGGUGUAAUCUAAAGAAUUAAGAAAAGUGACUAGUAUAGGAAUGGAGCUGGUCCUUGAUCCUUCUAUCUUGUUCCUGGAUGAGCCCACAACUGGUUUAGACUGGAACACAGCAUAUAAGGUCAUUAAACUCCUGAAAAGCAUUUCUGAGCAGGAAAGAACAAUCAUCUUCUCCAUUCAUCAGCCUGGGUACUCUAUCUUCAACAUAUUUGACAGUCUCACCUUAUUGGCCUCAGGAAAACUAAUGUACCACGGUCCUGCACAGGAGGCUUUGGAGUACUUCAAAUCAGCAGGUUACAAAAGUGAGUGCUAUAUCAUCCCUGAAGAAUUCUUCCUGGAUAUCAUUACUGGUAUAAUAAAGAGAGAGUCAGAAGACCAUGAAGCUAACAACACUGAAAUGCCUUUAGAGAAUGAAGAGUCAGUCAUAGAAUCAUUAGCUGAGUUUUAUACAAAAUCCCCCAUCUGUGGAGAAACAAAAUCUGAACUAGAACGACUCUCAAAGGAUCUGAACAAGAGGCGCUUAUUCAGAGAGGAGAUCACCUAUGUUACCUCUUUUGGUCAUCAGCUCAUACACAUCACCCGGCGUUCAUUCCAAAACUUGGUGGGUCAUCCCCGGCCCUGGAUAGUUCAGAUUUGCUACCACCUUUUUGUCAGUUUGGACAUUGUAAAGUGGCCUGUGUAUGUGGCUUAUCACAUCCAUCUUGAUGUGGUUCAAGCUUCCAGACUGGAAAGAGAAGCAGGGGUGCUCUUCUUCCUGAUGGUCUACCAGUGUCUCAGCAGCGUGUCAGUGAUGGAAUUCUUUGUGAACCAGAAUCAGCUCUUUCUACACGAGCACAUCAGUGGAUACUACAAGGUGUCGUCUUAUUUCUUUGGAAAUAUAUUAUUUGAUUUACUAUCCAGGAGGUUCUUGCCAAGUUUUAUAUUUACUUGUAUACUUUACCUCAUGAUGGGAUUAAAACCAGAAGUGGAGGCUUUCUUCAUCAUGUCCUUUACCCUCAUGAUGGUGGCUUUUUCAUCCAUUUCCUUGGCACUGGCCAUAGGUGCAGGUAAUAGUGACACAACUACAGCAACACGUAUUGCAGACAUCUAUUUUAUAUUUAUGAUGAUUUUUUUGGGUCUGUCAUUAUAUUUUGAAAACAUGACUCCUCAGCUCUCAUGGAUUCAUUACUUCAGCAUUCCUUAUUAUGGCCUAACGGCUUUGCUGCAUAAUGAGUUUUUGGGACAAUACUUCUGUUCAGCACUCAGUACAACACCUGGCCGUAUAUGUUCCAACUAUGUAAUGUGUUCUGGUGAUGAAUUCUUGAUGAUACAGGACAUCGAUCUCUCACCCUGGGGGUUGUGGAAGAAUCACGUGGCUUUGGCUUCUCUGAUGAUUAUUUUUCUCACAAUUGCAUACCUAAAAUUUUUAUUUCUUAAAACACCAAUUUUAAGUUCUGCUUCAAUUUUCUAUGAAUUAGAUCCACAUUUAAAAAGGACCUUGAUUUAAGUAUCUAAUGAGAAUAUCUUGUUAUGUUCUGUUCAUUUCCAUUACACUAUAGAUCAGCAACAAUUAUUUUUAAUACAAAAAUACAGGACAACAAAUUGAAUUAAACAUCAAAUAACCCAAGCCAAAACCUAAUGAUAUUACAUGUUUCAUUUUAAUUUAUCUCAUCAGACAGCAAGCAUUAGGAAGAAAUGCUGGCUAAUUUAUUAACCUAAGGGGGAAAAAAGGAGGAUUUAACUCUAGAAUUUCUUGACAAGUUGCUAAUAUUUCUGGUAUCAGUUUCCUCAUGUUCAAAAUGAGUAGGCAGAUUAGUAGCCCUCCAGUUGUAAUAGUCUAUAUAUCUUUGAUCUGCCGUUCUUCAAUAAAUAACAAAUGUGUUAAUGUUGUUUUGGAAGUAAAAAACUUCAAAUACUU